AACAGCUUUAACUAUCAUCAUCUACCUUAUCGCCAAGCAACUGGCUGCAGUGUUGCCUCCUUUGCUACCAUGUCGACGCCCACCAAAUCUUUUCCUCUUUCGCCUUCUCCUUCCUGUUUAUCUCGGGCUUUAUCUCCCCCCAUACGAACUCUCUUUCCUUCUGCGUUGCUCCCUUCUCAGAAACUCACAUUUUCCCCACAGAAACAAGAUAAACUACCUUUACUCUUUCUGGUUCCUCAAGAUUCCACGCUUUUACUGCUCAAAUGCAACGCCCUCGCCAUCAACGACAGCUCUACAAAUUCUUUCGUCGAUUCCGGGGUGAUGCUAUUUUCACUCUUUCGAGAAAUUGGGUUCAAUGAGACUGAUACUGAAGCUCUUUUGGACGCCCACCCGGCAAUUAACCUGACGCCAUUCGAAUCCAUACGCACGCGAAUUCAUUCUUUGCAGUCCCUUGGGGUCAGCGGCCUUGCUCUUUCAAGAUUGAUUGUGAAAAGACCAGAUGUUUUAACAGCUGUGGAAAUUGAUGGCCUUGUUAGUUUUCUUCUCAAGGGUGAUUUGGAAUUGGCAGGAAAAAUCAAAUCUUCACAGAUUGAACAUCUUUUUAACUCAACAGAACCAAGGUUUCUUGCAGGAUUUGAAACGAAGGUUAGAUUGUUACUCCAACUUGGGAUUACCCAAGACACAAUUGUUCACGUUCUCAACAAUGCCAACUUAACAAAGGCAUUUUGUCUCAAGUCAUUUGAAGAUAUAGAAAGAAUGCUUACUUUCUUGAACCGUUUUGGUGGUAGUGAUUUGAUCCUUCGCCGACCAGCACUUCUCAAUUAUGACCUUGAUGCCCAGUUGAUUCCCAGGGUAGGGUUCCUCUUGGAGCUGAGUGGGGGUGAUGAGACCGGAACUGCAACUGUGUUGCGUAAGUUGCCAUUUGUUGUAGCAUACAGUGUUGAUCACUUAAAAGAUCAUGUAGAGUUCUUGAAAUCAUAUGCUGGCUUAAGUGAGGAGGAGAUUUUUCGAAUUGUUUUAGUUUAUCCCAACAUGUUUAGUGCCAGCAGGAAAAGGAAAUUGCAUCCUCGAAUUGAUUUUCUAAAGCAAUGUGGGUUGAGUUCACAUGAUAUAUUCAGGUUCUUAAUAAAAGCUCCUUUAUUUCUAAGUCUGUCAUUUGAGGGGAAUCUCGCUUACAAGCUGGUCUUUUUGGUGAAGAUUGGGUAUAAGAAGAAUACUAAGGAAUUGGCUAUGGCAAUGGGAGCUGUUACCAGGACUAGCUGUAAAAAUAUGCAAGAAGUUGUUGGCGUAUUUUUGAACUACGGCUUGACUUUUGAUGACAUUCUGGAGAUGAGCAUGAAACAUCCGCAGGUAUUACAGUACAAUCAUGAAUCACUGGAGGAGAAGAUGGACUACUUGGUUGAGGAGAUGGGUCGUGAAGUUGGGGAGCUAUUGGCUUUUCCUGCAUUUCUUGGGUACAAGCUUGACGGAAGGAUUAAACACAGGUACGAAGAGAAAAGAAAGAUCUUAGGGGAAGGCAUGUCGCUCAAUAAACUUCUGAGUGUAUCUGCAGCAAGAUUCUCAACAAAAAGCAAGAGGAAGCAACGAGUUACUGCCGAUAGUGGCCUCGAUGAGAGUGAUGACUGAUUGAAAUGAUUUUUGAGACAUAAUAUGUUGUUAUAAUCAUGUGAAAAUCUCUAUUGAAUGUUAAACCCAAAGGUUUGAUGGUUCUGUUAGAUCAAUUCAGUUUUGCGGAUUCCUGAUUUUGUUCUUCUGCCCGAGUACAGGACGUGCCUAUGGACAUAUUUGCAGAGGAAUGGAAGAAAUAUGAACAACGCCUUCUUUCAUUGGCUGAGCAUUGGAUGUUGAGAUAUUAGUGUUCUUCAUGGCUGAGUAAGGACAUGAUUUUAACUUUUAGGCUGUCUUUCUAGAAAGGUUUGGUGAGCGUCCUUGUGUUAUUCGUAAAUAGGGAUUCUUAUGAACUAGUGAUCGUACAUUAGUGCAAGUUCUCAAAACAUACGACAGAUAGUUGACAGCACAUUGAAACUGCUAUUCCUGUUGACGAUGUACUACAGAGCUGCCAAUCCCUUUGAUAUUGACAAUCUUUAAAAUUGUAAAUCAGUAUCAUAUAUUGCAAAUUCUGAUUUAUCUUA